GCGCGCGCGCCGCGGCGAACCUGGCUUCGAGUGGGCGUCGCGGCUGGAAAUAGCUGAAGCCGGCGGCGGCGGGGAGCAUGGCCGCCCGCGGCCUCGGGGACGCCUGAGCCGCCCAGCAGCUCACCUGGUGCCCAACCCCGUCGUCCCCGCAGCCACCCGGCAGCUGCCCCGGCUCCUCCUGCUCUACAAUGUGCCCCGGGAACUGGCUGUGGGCCUCCAUGACGUUCAUGGCCCGCUUCUCCAGGAGUAGCUCAAGGUCCCCUGUUCGCACCAGAGGGAGCCUGGAGGACAUGCCACCCGUGCAGCAUCCCUUCCUCAACGUCUUUGAGCUGGAGCGGCUCCUGUACACAGGCAAGACAGCCUGUAACCACGCUGACGAGGUCUGGCCAGGCCUCUACCUUGGAGACCAGGACAUGGCCAACAACCGUCGGGAGCUGCGACGCCUGGGCAUCACCCAUGUCCUCAACGCCUCGCACAGCAGGUGGCGGGGCAUACCCGAGGCCUAUGAGGGGCUGGGGAUCCGCUACCUGGGUGUGGAGGCCCACGACUCCCCAGCCUUUGACAUGAGCAUCCACUUCCAGACAGCUGCGGACUUCAUCCACCGGGCGCUGAGCCAGCCAGGAGGCAAGAUCCUGGUGCACUGCGCCGUGGGAGUGAGCCGAUCCGCCACGCUGGUGCUCGCCUACCUCAUGCUGUACCACCGCUUCACCCUCGUGGAGGCCAUCAAGAAAGUCAAGGACCACCGAGGCAUCAUCCCCAACCGGGGCUUCUUGAGGCAGCUCCUGGCCCUGGACCGCAGGCUGCGGCAGAGUCUGGAGGCCUGAGCGGAGGGGCCAGGAGGUCAGGCCAGGCCCAGGUGGAUCCCUGGCUUCACCUGGAGACAAGAGGCCCAGCCGGCGGGGAGCAGAAAGCCCAAGGAGCCCGUCUUCUCCUGGGGCCAAGGCCCAGGCCACUGCUGCCCUCUGUGAGAGCGGUGAGAGGUGAAGGUGGGUGGUGUGGGGGACAGGUGCCCAGGGGUGUGACCAGGAAAGGAGGAGCCAGGCUGCAGGUAGAAGGAUGUCCCCAGGUACACGCGGUCCCUUCCCCUCUUUGUGUGCAGGUGUUCUCCUCUUUCCCUUACAAAAACAAAAGGGCCGUCUCUGCCCUGUGCCCAUGCAAGGAGUCCCAGAUGCAGCCGCACAAAUGUGUGGGGUUGCGCGCAGACCAUAGCAUAGAGACAGAUGACCUGGGUGAUGUGAAAAGCUGUAAAGCCAGAGGGAGAUUCCCCGCAGACUUGCUACAGCAAGCAUGGCACGAGCAGGUGUGUGCCGGCUGGCAUGGCGCCCAUGGGUGCUGCUGGUGGCCAAGAGAAUCGCAGAGGUGCAUGACUGGCAGGCGUUGUUGGUACUGGAUCCAGGUAUCUGGAUGAAAAAUAAAGACACUGGAAAAGAAGAAA